GUUCAAGGCAGUCGAUUGUUUUAGAGCUGCAAAAAAUAAAAAAUAAAAAAAAUAAAAAAAAUAGCGAAAUGGGAAAGAGAAAGACCAAUGAGUGCGCCAAUGGCGGUGCUAAUGCCCAGCAGAAAAGACAGAGAACAGCUGAAAAGAGUCGGAAGGGCACUAGGGCCAGCUCAAUUAGCAAGAAAACUAACAAUUCAGCGCAAACUCCGGCCAGCAGUUGCUCAGCCACAAGCAUCAACGGACGGGCGAGGCGCCGUCGUCAGGCAAGCAGCACAGAGAGGGCAUGGGCAGUGCAGUCUCGGCCGCUAACAGUAGACAGCGGAGUAGGCCUACCUGAAGCGAUCCCGGCAUUACCGGCAGCAGGCAUCCCACCAGCAAUUUCGAGCACCCCACCACCACCAGCAGCAGCCCUGAAUACCCAACCAUCACAGCCGGGAUCACAGUUGCAGUUACAGUCAACAGAUGUACCGAUUUCGCAAGCUGGCGCCGUUGGCUGAAGAAAGGGCCUCACCAAUACCGCCUGGAAUAUUACAGACCUAGCAAAAGAAACACAGAGGCUGCUGGGACAAUCUCUAGGGGAAGGAUCUCAGCGCGUGUAUCAGAGGGCAGUGGAUUCUUUUCAGGAAUUUCGGUUGAAUCACCAGUUGAAUCCUUCUUGGCCGGCAUCAGUAAAACAGGUCAUGGCAUUUAUUGCCCAACUUUCUAUCAGUGGGAAAGCACCCACGACAAUCACAGUGCAUGUUGCAGCCCUAGCGUAUUUACAUAACAUGCAUGGUUGGGCUGAUCCCACAAAACAUUUUUUGAUUAGGAAAAUGCAAGAAGGUAGUAGAAGAGACAAAUGUUGUGUAGAUACUAGAAGACCCAUCACAUGGGAGCUAAUGCGACAACUGUUGCCAAACCUAGCAUAUGUAUGUUUUUCACGAUACGAAGCAAUCAUGUUCAAGGCAGCGUACUUACUAGCAUUCUUUGGUUUCCUGAGAAUAGGGGAGUUCACCAUCCGAGGGAAGGGUGAUGAUACAAGGAAGGCGUUGAAUAUCACAAAUGUACAAUUAGGCCGAGGCAUUCCUGAAACUUUACUGUUACAAAUCCGAUUUUCUAAGACAGACCAAUAUGGGAAAUCUACCACUUUGAGGAUUAACGCAAACCGGGUAGAGGGGGUAUGCCCAGUACAGGCCAUGAAAUCAUAUUUACAAGCAAGGCCACAGGUAGAGGGUCUACUAUUCUGUCAUGAGAAUGGCUCCCCCCUUACAAGGUACCAGUUCAGUGCAGUCCUGAAAAAGAACAUUCAGCAAAUUGGGGCGAAUGUUAGUCGGUAUGGGACUCACUCUUUCUGAAUUGGGGCAGCUACCACAGCUGCCUUGAAUGGUGUGCCACCAGAACAAAUUAGGAAGAUGGGUAGGUGGCGCAGUGAAGUUUAUUUGCGCUAUAUAAGAUAAGUUACAUUUACUCCAUACUAAGUACUAGGGAGUUAUUACAAUUAUGAAAAUAAAGCUCACAAGAAAAUUUUAUAUUUUGUUCUUCCCAAAUAUAUGAACAUGUUACUUUCGGGAGUUUAACUAUUUUAUUUCAGGACGAGUACGCAACCGAGUCUGGAUAGUGGGGGACAGUAUCGUAAGAAGGGCCAAAGAGCGAGCCACUGCACAGAACCGCCUGCACUUGGGAGCAGAGAAGGGUGCAGUACAGUGGCAUGGUCAAGGAGGUGCUACUCUCCAGGACCUCCCCCGAAUGGUCACAAAUAGGUUGAAUUACAACGCACCACCUGCACUGGCGAUCGUUCACCUGGGAACAAACGACUUGGGUCAGAGAGAUGCAUGCCGUUGCAGAAUCGCAAUCGAUACAGCAAUUCAAACUCUACGAGCAAGAAUGCCAGGAACCCACAUAGCCUGGUCUGGUAUUCUUCCAAGAUUG